CUCUUUCCUCCUGUCAUGCAGGCUUCAUUUAAGUAAGUUAUGGAGGCCAGGUAAUUGAAAAUGUGAGCCUGAUUGGAAGAUAAUAAGAGAGCUGGGCUGGCAUCAAAUUCUGGAGGCGGAUGAGCAAGAUAGAAGGUUAGAGUUGUUUGAGGCAGUAGAGACCGUUGGACAGCUGAGAUCAGUGAUGGUUAGGAAUAUGGUUAAUAACCUAAACAGAGUUAUUUCUGGAUUGCUUUGUUUUAAGGGAAUAUAUUUCUGUUGGUGGCUUUGCAUUUUCUUCUUUCCCUGAUGCAUUUAUUGACCUGAUAUGCAGUAUUUUUUAAAUUGUUAUCCUUUACGUGAACACUAGAGGUAAAUGAUUUACAAAAAGACUCUGCCAUUGAAAUCAGAAAGUCUUAUGUCUGAAUGGACAUUGACAGGAGUGAGUAGAUGAACCUCACUGCCAUGUUGUUUCUGGUAUUUUAUUCUAGUGAUGGCACUGACUGAGCAGGGGGAAUAUACCUAUACAUACAAAGACCUCUCUCAUCCUAUAGAGUUUUUGGAUGCAUUCAGGAUGUUCUAUCUUGAAGGGUUAUUCACUGAUAUUACCCUUCAGUGUGCACCAGGUGUGCUAUUCCAUUGCCAUAAAGCUGUACUAGCUGCUUGUAGCAACUAUUUCAAAGCCAUGUUUACCUCUGACAUGAAAGAAAAGUCAAAGGAUCAGAUUCAUCUUUCUUUGUUCAGUCCUACAAUAUUAGAAUCCCUGGUGACGUACACAUACACAUCAGAGAUCCAGAUAACUAAGCAAAAUGUUCAAAGCCUCCUUCAAGCUGCGGAUCAUCUUCAGUUUACUUCUGUCAAAAAAGCCUGUGAGCAGUUUCUAAUCAGGCAUUUAGACCUUGACAACUGUUUAGGGAUGCACUCUUUUGCAGAAUACCAUGUUUGUACAGAGCUAGAGAAGGAAUCCAGAAGGAUAUUGUUGUCCAGAUUUGAAGAAGUGUGGAGACGGGAAGAAUUUCCAGAGAUUAGCAACAAGAAACUCCAGUUUAUUCUCUCCAGAAAGAAUCCUGAUAUAUGGAAAGAAGAGGCAAUGGUGGAGCCCAUUGUCAAGUGGAUUGCCUAUGAUGUGGACAGCAGGAUUGAGUACAUUUAUGAUCUGUUGAGGUGUCUUGAAACUGAUGUAGAUGAAAUGUACUUGAAAUCAGCUCUCAGCUUGUACAAGAAAUGCCAGUUAAAGGAAAAUAAGAUCAGAUCUCUAAUACGCAGUGUGUUGGGUCCCAAGCCAAGAGCAAUCACAACAAGAUCUACCACUAUUAUGUAUGUGAUCGGAGGCUAUUACUGGCACCCUUUGUCUGAGGUGCAUAUAUGGGAUCCAGUAACCAAUGUCUGGGUCCAGGGAAGAGAUAUGCCAGAUCACACAAGAGAAAGCUAUGCAGUCACAAGCCUGGGACCCAACAUUUAUGUGACUGGAGGUUAUAGAACAGACAAUAUAGAAGCCCUUGAUUUAAUGUGGAUAUACAAUUGUGAAGCUGAUGAGUGGACUGAAGGCUGCCCCAUGCUUCAUGCAAAAUACUACCACUGUGCAGUUACUUUAAGUGGCUGUAUCUAUACUCUGGGAGGUUAUCGAAAAGGGGCUCCAGCUGAAGAAGCAGAAUUCUAUGAUCCUUUAAAAAAGAAAUGGAUCCCAAUUGCAAACAUGAUUAAAGGGGUUGGAAAUGCCACUGCCUGCGUCCUGAAUGAAAUCAUCUAUGUUACCGGAGGCCAUUAUGGUUAUCGGGGAAGCUGCACUUAUGAUAAAAUUCAAAAGUAUCACUCUGAUAUUAAUGAAUGGAGCAUAAUCACCACCAGUCCAUAUCCAGAGUAUGGAUUGUGUUCCACUGCAUUGGAAAACAAGCUGUAUCUGGUGGGUGGUCAGACUACCAUCACAGACUGUUAUGAUCCAGAACAAAAUGUGUGGACUCAGAAGGCUGAUAUGAUAGAAGGAAGGAUGGAGGGCAGCGCAGUCAUCAUGAACGGAUGCAUCCAUGUAACAGGAGGCUAUUCUUCUUCCAAAGGGUCAUACCUGCAGAACAUCGAGAAAUAUGAUCCUGAGAGUAAUAAAUGGGAAAUUGUGGGGAAUCUUCCUAGUGCUAUGCGUUCCCAUGGCUGUGUAUGUGUAUACACUGUGUGUGGUAAGGAAAAUACCGUUUCGGUAACAGGAACUAGAAGAAGAUAAGCCACCACGUAUAACAAGAAUUUGCCUACAGAAAAAAAAAGUCCUUCAGUAGCUUAGCUGUUACAGGUUUGUUAUUAGAAGAUAAUUAAACAUUAUAGUUCAAUUUAGUUAAUAUUACUAAUUCACUCUGCUUUAUAAGAGACCCAUAUAUUACAAUUACUAUGAGUCAGAUUCAAAAACUGCUAAGUGUUAUCUUUCCUGAGGAAGAGUUGCUGUUGCCUUUUUCUGCAGCUCAGUACCUUUUUGGAGAUGCACAGCUUUUCUCAACCAUCGAGGUGUGAUGGACCACAACAUCCAUAAUCUCUGCUCUCUAGCUGUUGGUACUUAAAUUGCAUCAGACCUGAAUGGCAUCAGUUUAGGAAUGGCUAGUAUACCCUAG